AUGGCCAAGUCCAAGAACUCGUCUCAGCACAACCAGAGCAAGAAGGCUCACCGCAACGGUAUCAAGAAGCCUAAGACCAACAGAUACCCGUCGCUCAAGGGUGUCGACCCCAAGUUCCGCCGCAACCACAGACAUGCUCUGCACGGCACCAUGCGCGCUCUGAAGGAGGCCAAGGAUGCCAAGAAGGAGUAA